UUAAAUAGCGGAUGUGACGUUUCGAUGUAUCGAAUUGUCUUCGAUUCGAUAAUUUCAAGAGACAUGCUCAUUCUUUCUUCCGUUACUGUAGGUAGAGGAAGGAAUUAACAAUGGCGGACAAUGCUCCAGCCAACCGUGGAGGUUUCAGAGGUGGAUUUGGCUCUCGUGGAGGUGAUCGUGGAGGUCUAAGAGGCAGAGGACGUGGAGGUAGAGGAAGAGGUCGUGGCCGUGGACGUGGUAAAGAAGAUAGCAAGGAAUGGAUCCCAGUGACAAAGCUUGGCCGUCUUGUUAGAGAUGGAAAAAUUGAUACGCUGGAACAUAUUUAUCUAUUUUCAUUACCAAUCAAGGAGUUCGAAAUAAUUGAUAAAUUUCUUGGACCUGAAUUGAAAGAUGAAGUUUUGAAAAUUAUGCCUGUACAGAAACAAACUCGAGCUGGUCAACGUACACGUUUUAAGGCAUUUGUAGCCAUUGGUGACUAUAAGGGUCACAUUGGCCUGGGUGUGAAAUGUUCUAAAGAAGUAGCCACUGCCAUCCGUGGUGCCAUAAUUUUGGCCAAACUUUCGGUGAUACCAGUACGUCGUGGUUAUUGGGGAAACAAAAUUGGAGAUCCUCAUACAGUACCUUGCAAGGUUACUGGCAAAUGUGGGUCUGUACAAGUACGUUUAAUCCCGGCACCGAGAGGUACAGGCAUUGUCUCUGCACCUGUGCCUAAGAAACUUUUGCAGAUGGCUGGUAUAGAGGACUGUUAUACCUCAGCCAGAGGAUCUACGUGUACUCUUGGUAACUUUGCUAAAGCUACAUAUGCGGCAAUUGCCAAAACUUAUGCAUAUCUGACACCAGAUCUCUGGCAUGAUCAAGCACUAAAAAAAGCACCGUAUCAAGAAUUUGCUGAUUAUUUGUCUAAAAACCAUAAACCCGUGGGAGGACAAAGACCUGCUGAGGUUGUGUAAAUAAUAAACCUCUAUUUGAAAUAUA